AUGUCUUCUCGUCGUCGAGGCCUUCCUUCGCCGCAGAAAUUGGCGCAUGUUGUGUUUCGCACAACUCCAGAUAAAUAUCAGAUAUUGGUCAAUUUCUACUUGGAAAUAUUGAAUGCAAGCAUCCGACACGAAGACCCUGGAAAGAUAGCCUUCUUGUCCUUUGAUGAAGAACACCAUCGAAUCGCCAUUUUAGCCGUUCCUGGACUUACCGUCCCUGCCUCAGAUGACUUACCACGAGCAGGCCUGGACCAUAUCGCCUUUACCUACAAGACUCUGACGGAACUGGCACAGGUCUAUGUUAGUCUACGCGAUCGUCCAAACGAUCCACUAAUGCCGAUUUGGAGUAUCAACCACGGCCCUACCACUUCCCUAUAUUAUCAUGACCCGCUGGGAAACAAGAUCGAGAUGCAAUUUGAUAACUUCCAAACAAUGGAGGAGGCCGAUGCAUAUAUGAAAGGCAACGAAUUUGCAGAGAACCCACUUGGUGUCGAAUUUGACCCGGACGAGUGGUCUAGGGAGGUACUGGCCAAAAUGAAGCCCGAUGGAAGUGAGGGCUUGAGCGUGGAGGAUAUCAGGGCAUUGAGUAAGAGACCAAAUAUUGGACGAAGAUCAGAAGUUCCACUAGGUGUCAUCUGA